AGGGGCAGAGCCGAGCUGGGACAUGGCGGGCACACGGACACACGGCCGCAUCCUGCACUCAGUGCUCUGCCAGCUGUGCUGCGGUUGUGGCUGCAGAUCCUGCCGCGGGCUCCGCCUGUCCACGGGCACCCGCAUCCUCUAUACGCUCCUGCAUGUCCUGGCCUCUGCCGUGUGCUGCCUCAUGCUGUCCCGCACUGUGGCCCAGGUCAUCAGGGAGAAGGUGCCCUUCUCGGUGGUGCUGUGCGACCACCUGCCUGGCGGCACAGACUGCGAGCGGCUGGUGGGCUCCUCGGCCGUGUACCGGGUCUGCUUCGGCACCGCCUGCUUCCACCUGGCGCAGGCUGCCCUGCUGCUCAACGUGCGCUCCAGCACCGACUGCCGCGCUCAGCUCCACAACGGGUUUUGGUUCCUGAAGCUGCUGGUCCUGGUGGGGCUCUGGGCCGCCAGCUUCUUCAUCCCCGAGGAUGGCUUCAUCCAAGUCUGGCACUACACGGGCGUCUGCGGGGGCUUCACCUUCAUCCUCAUCCAGCUGGUGCUGAUCACCGCCUUUGCACACACCUGGAACAAGAACUGGCUGACGGGCGCUGCGCAGGACAAGCGCUGGUACCUGGCCGUGCUGCUGGCCACGGCCGCCUUCUACACCCUUGCCUCCGCCGCCUUCACCUUCCUCUACACUUACUACACCCACCCGGCCGCCUGCCUCCUCAACAAGGUGCUGCUCACCGUCAACGGCAGCCUCUGCGGCAUCGUGUCCUUCAUUUCCAUCACGCCCUGUGUGCGGCUCAAGCAGCCGCGGUCAGGACUGCUGCAGUCCUCGAUCAUCAGCUGCUACGUGAUGUACCUCACCUUCUCCGCGCUGUCCAGCCGUCCCCCGGAGAGAGUGCUCUACAAGGGGCAGAACCUCACGCUCUGCUUCCCGGGCGUCCGGCGGGACGAGCUGCAGACUGACGACACCACCGUCGCCGUCCUGGGGGCUGCCAUCAUGUACGCCUGCGUGCUCUUCGCAUGUAAUGAAGCCUCCUACCUCGCCGAGAUCUUCGGGCCCUUCUGGAUGGUCAAAGUCUACAGCUUCGAGUUUAGAAAACCCUCCUGUUGCUUCUGCUGCCCCGAGAAGAUGGAGGAGGAGCUGAGAGGCGCCACGCUGCCGUGUGAGCAAGCAGAGGAGAUCGCUGAGGGACAGUGCAUCAUCCAGGACGAGCGAGAACGGGUGGUCUACAGCUACUCAGCCUUCCACUUCGUCUUCUUCCUCGCCUCACUCUACGUCAUGAUGACCCUCACCAACUGGUUCAGCUACGAGACCGCGGUGCUGGAGACCACCUUCACGCACGGCAGUUGGUCGACCUUCUGGGUGAAGGUGUCCUCGUGCUGGGCCUGCGUCCUGCUCUACCUGUGGCUGCUGCUGAGCCCCCUUUGCCCCCGCGGAUCCCCCCCGCACCGCCGCAGCAGCCCGGUCCCGCGCGUCCUGCGCCGACGGCGCGUCCCGCAGCGCGUCAGCGUCUCCACGUAGUCCCUGCUGAGACGGACUGUGCCCGUCCCCGCACACGGCGGCAGCAGCCGGGGCUGGUCCCUGCCAUGCCCGGUGCUUGUGCCCUGGCCCCGCCGGGUCCCGCCAGCCUCCCCUGAUGCCCUGUCCCAGGAGAUGGCAGCAUCGGAGAGCCUGAGGGGGACCCAGGAGGUGGGUGCUCCCGGCGACACAGGUCCUGCACUGGGCUGUGGCCACCCAAAGCAAGCCGGGGUGGCCAGUGCUCAGCCCUGGCUACUGCCAGGCUCCCUCCAGGCAGGGAGGCAGCUCCUGCCCUAGCCCAGGGCCAGCCUGGCGAGCGGGGCUCUGCCCCAGCUGCCUCCACGUCUCAGCUCACUCGCUGGCAGUGCACUCGUUGUAAAUAGCUCCUUAAAUACAUUUUUAUAUAAAACUC